GUGUGCAGGUCAGAACAGCUCCGGGUCAUCAUGAGGAGGCCUGAACAGACCGGAGCAGUCUGAGCUCUCCUGUCAGCACGAAGCGAACAUGGCGCGUCUUUAAAGCACAAACUGAGCGUGAAGGAGCCUGAAGAUCAGCAGCACGCACUAGUGACCUGUGAGCCUCAGUGAUAGUGUAAGGAAGCCCACGAGGGUCAGUUCUUCCACAGCCUGACCAGGAUGUUGCAGCUGUGUAAAGUCACCAACGCUCUGUUCAUCAGUAACGCCCGCUCAGCCUGCAGCGACGAGCUCAUCCAGCAGGAGGCGGUGACGCUCUGCAUCAACGUGUCCAAGCAGCAGCCGUUUCCCUCCAGCAGCAUCACCAAGCUCCAGAUACCUGUCUACGACGACCCCAAUGAGGACCUGUACAGCCACUUUGACCGCUGUGCCGACGCCAUCCAGAAGGAGGCGAACCGCGGCGGACGGAGCGUCGUCUACUGUAAGAACGGACGCAGCCGCUCGGCCACGAUCUGCAUCGCCUACCUGAUGAAGCACCGCAAACUAUCCCUGACAGACGCCUUACAGAAAGUCAAGACGGCUCGUCACGUGAUCGACCCGAACCCCGGCUUCAUGUCUCAGCUGCAGAGAUACGAAGAGGAGCUGAAGCGGAGACGAGGAAAGUCCUGAUCCUUCUUACAAAACUCAGAGUCCUCAGCCGAAAACAGAAGCAGUGCUGAAGCUUCUUCACCUCCGUCCUCCUCUUCUGCAGGAUUUUACACGCUGUCACUUUAAUUAAGGCUUAGAUGAAUGAAUUAACCUCUAGAUUACGGCCUGCUUUUAAAAAGAAGUCCCAACAAAUAUGUAUUGAACUUAUUUUAAUGUUAGGAUACUGAAGAUAUCUGAGUGUCUUAAAAUGUGACCUGAUAAAAACAAUCUUUAAGGAAAGUUUUUCUUAAAAAACUGAACAAGUGGAGCUGAUGAGAAAAAGUAUAGAAAAAUGUAAAAAAGAAAUUUGAAAUCAAGUCAAAUAACAUAAGAAGACAAAUUAACUAUAAAAUCUGAACUAAGCUGAAGUGAAGGUGGAACUGUAUUACCUCCUAAAUGUACAUGUAGUAUACACUCUACAUGAUGUUCAUCUACAGAAAAAGAGGCUCAUUUACUGUAUGUAAUCACAAUAACAUUAUUUUUUUUAUAAACUUUUACUUUGUUACAAAGCACUUAAAGAAAAAACAGACAGGACAAUAUUUGUACCAAGUUUGUGGAAAAUAAAAGAUGAAGACAUCAAAAAGAGCGAAAAUGUGGUUUAUAUCUAAAAGUUCAAAAUAUGAACUAAGAAGUAUAUUUAUUAUCCAGUUAUCAGUUAUAAGGACUGAUCUAUCAGGUUGCAACUGACCGUUGGUUUCACUAUUGAUUACUUUGCAGCC